AUGUCCGUUUUUAGUGCCAUCACCACUCUUUUCUCAAGCUUAUCGCUGGAAACUCCGCUGCUUUCAUCUAAAGGCGCGACAUGGGAUGAGAUUGACUUCGAGUUCUUGGGUAAUCUCACAGGACAGCCUUACACUAUCCACACCAAUGUCUUUACCGGAGGUAAAGGUAACCGUGAGAUGCAGUUCUAUCUCUGGUUCGAUCCCACCGCAGAUUUCCACACCUACACCGUCCACUGGAACCCUGUUAACAUCAUCUUCCUUGUGGAUGGGAUCCCAAUUAGGGUGUUCAAGAACAACGAGAAAAGUGGGGUGGGUUACCCUACGGGCCAACCGAUGAAAAUAUACUCAAGCCUUUGGGAAGCCGAUGACUGGGCAACGCAAGGCGGUCGCGUGAAGAUUGAUUGGAGCAACGCACCAUUCAGCGCCUCCUACAGGAGCUUCAACGACCAAAGCGCAUGUAGCAGAACUUCGAACACAACAUGGGUGGCUUGUGACGCAAACAAAGACUCGUGGAUGUGGACCUCCCUCAAUAACCAUCAGUACGGACUGAUGAAGUGGGUGCAAGACGAAUUUAUGAUCUACAACUAUUGUACCGAUUAUAAGAGGUUCCCUCAGGGUCUCGCCAAGGAAUGUAACCUUUAA